AUGUGGGAGAGUCUCGUCUUCUCCGGCUCUCUCAUUGUCACCGCGCUGGUGGUAGUGAGUUGCGGGUUGCUCUACUUCUUUGUGGGACUCGCCCAGCUCACGUCCACGCUGGGUGAGUUAUUCAAACCUAGCCCCGAUCAACCGCCGAACGGGCUACAGCAGCUCCUCGACGCCGUGAGCCACAUGCUUCUCACUGGCGAGGUGCUGAUGCACUUGAACCAGUCCGCGUUCGCCGCUGCAGCCGUCCUAUUUUCGUUGGUGGUCCUGCUGAUCUUUGUAGAGGAGGCGCUGCUGCGGGUGAAGGAGAAGGUGCGUCAGUGGGGUCGGCUGCCGAGUCCGCAGGUGCUGCAUUACUACAACCAGAAUGGCUACGACACGGCACUAGCGCAGUCCGGACGCGGACUCUCUCUCAAGAAAGCUAUGUAA